AUGGUGAAGACCCAUAAAUCUGCAGUCCUGCAGUUCCUAGUUAUUACCAGCAGGAGCUCCAGGCUAUUUUAUCGUUUUCAGGAUCUGGCUCCUCAGCUGGUUCCUCUAGACUACAACAGCAACCCCAAUGUGAAGGUGCCAUAUGAAGUCAUCAGCAGCAUGCCUGAACUAAAGGAUAACCCAUUCCGAGAGAGGAUUGCUCAGGUCUUUUCCCAUGAUGGGGAUGGGAACAUGACCUUGGAUGAUUUUCUGGACAUGUUUUCCGUGAUGAGUGAAAUGGCUCCUAGAGAUCUCAAAGCGUAUUAUGCUUUUAAAAUUUAUGAUUUUAACAACGAUGACUAUAUCUGCCCAUCGGACCUAGAGAAGACAGUGACCAAGCUCACUCGAGGUGAGCUGACUCCUGAGGAAGUUGGCCUUGUGUGUGAGAAGGUGCUUAAUGAAGCUGAUGUGGACAAUGAUGGCAGACUCUCUCUGGAUGACUUUCAAAACAUGAUUCUACACGCCCCAGACUUCCUCAGCACCUUUCACAUCCGAGUCUGAAGUGUAGCUGGCAAGCCUGGCCCAGCCCUACUGUAACUCCAGCAUCUGCCCCCAUUUAUCUGCCCCUAC